AUGGAGGCAGACUGGGGCGAGCUGAUACGCAUCCCGCUACCCCCUCCGAACCCGCAUGGACUUCCGACAGUUGCGACAACAAUUGCCUUUGAUGAUGUAUCGGAACUUCUAUGGGCGGGGAAUGAAUAUGGCCGAAUUACCUCUUUCUACGGCCCCGAGCUCCAGAGAUACACUUCCGUCCGUGCCCAUCCCGUCGCCGAAGGACCGGUACGACAAAUCAUUUUCCACGAGAGAGGAGUUAUAUCACUCUCGUCGAAGAGUGUGCACAUGAUUACACGGCGUGGUCUAACACAAUGGCACAUCACCCACGAAGAGAUUACGGACCUUCGCUGUAUGAGCUUCACAGCCCAGACGAAUAAGAUUAUUGUUGCUGGAUGCCAGAAAGCAAUGUUUACCAUCGAUAUCGACAAAGGAAUUAUUGUCGAUAAAUUACGGACCGAACAAAACUAUCUGUUAUUGAAGAGAAGUCGCUACCUCUGUGCUGCGACGGAUAAUGGAUUAGUCAAUGCGCUGAGCCUGACGGACUUUAGCGUUGUAAAGUCAUGGAGUGCUCACGCAAUGGUUAGUGACAUGGAUGCCCGAGGCGAUCUUCUGGUUACCUGUGGCUUCUAUACAAGACAACCUGGGGUUCUCGUAAAUGAUCCGCUGGCGAACGUGUACGAUCUCAAAACGCUAUCACCCCUACCUCCUAUUCCUUUCCAUGCCGGAGCUGCGUAUGUCCGUAUGCAUCCCAAAUUACAGACAACAAGUUUUGUUGCCUCCCAAACUGGGCAGUUUCAGGUCGUGGACUUGAUGAACCCGAAUGCGUUCAAGAUCGAACACUUCGGCGUCUCUCACAUGCUGGGUAUGGAUAUCUCGCCAUCCGGGGAAGCGCUGGCCAUAAUCGACACAGAUUGCUCUCUCCAGCUAUGGGGGUCUCCAGCAAAGAUCCAUUUUAAUGAAAUGAGCAAGGAAGUCGAAUUCGCCGAUGUCACCCCACGGCCGCCCCCUCUUGACUGGUCGUCAGACGUUCCUUUGAAUGUGAUCGGUAUGCCUUAUUACCAUGAACGGCUUCUCUCCGCGUGGCCAAGCCAUCUCUUAUUCGAGGUGGGUAGCCCACCAGCUCCUAUAGAUCCAUCUAUCAUACCAUAUCUGCGCUCUGGGGAGGUAGGACAAUAUGCGGCAAACCCGAAGAAAAUGAGAAGAUACCAGGUUGAGAAUACUCGCGCCCUGGCAUCGUCUGAAUCGGCUUUGAUUGCGCCGAAAUUCUUGAGUGAAAAGGCGAGAGAGCAGAGCAAGAAGUUGGAUGAUCCCAUUGGCGACGCCGCCGGCGCGCUCGCUGGUGCCAAGAUCAGCAAAGAAUCAGAGGACGAUCCGCUUUUGAAGUAUAGCAACGUUGAGAUCAAAUACAGUAGAUUUGGAGUGGAUGAUUUCGAUUUCAAGUAUGAGGUUUUUAGUUUAUGCUGGAUCUGGGCUAACGUCAACAGGUUCUAUAACCAAACAAGCUUCGCCGGGUUAGAAACGCAUAUCGCAAACUCCUUUACCAACUCCCUUCUUCAACUCUUCAAGUUCAUUCCGCUAAUACGGAACAUCGCUCUUCAUCACGCUGCGACUUCAUGUAUAGCCGAAAGCUGUCUGCUCUGCGAAAUGGGAUAUCUCUUUGAUAUGCUUGAAAAAGCCAACGGACAGAACUGCCAGGCUACAAAUCUACUCAAAACCUUCAGUAGCUUCCGUGAAGCCUCAAACCUUGGACUGUUGGAAGAGAACCUCACAAACAAGUCACUUUCGUCAGCGAUCCAGGCUGUGAACAGAUUCUUUCUUGGUCAGAUUGCGCAGGACUAUCGGAGGAUCGCCCCGAACUCGGAAGAUCUAGAUAUGAGGCUGGCUACCAUCGCGUCAGAGUCUAUUCGAUGCAUGUUUUGUCAGAACGAGAUUGUGAGGCCUGGAAAUACGCUUGUCAAUGAACUGGUGUAUCCGCCGAUUGACCAUAAGCAAGCUCGUAGGAACCCCACCUUGAGGUUCUCGAAUAUCUUGAGGGCGAGCAUUGAACGGGAGGCGCAGAAUCGGGGAUGGUGCCACAUCUGUCGGCGAUACCAACAGUCGGUUAUGCGGAAAACAGCACAUCGCAUGCCGCUGGUACUGAUGCUCAAUGCAGCAGUAAACAACCCUAUUUGCCGACGCCUCUGGACGGUUCCAGGGUGGCUGCCAGAAGAAAUUGGAAUCGUGCUCGAAGGCGGCCAGGUUCUCUGUUUCGAAGGGGAAGACCUCAGGAUGCGCAUACAGGGGCAAAUGCCUGGCCUGAUUGUCUAUGAUUUAGUCGGAUUGGUAGCAGAAGUUGACAUACCAGAGCACCAAAAAGCGCAUCUAGUAUCGUUCAUCAACGUCUCUGUCUCGUCCCGCGAACAGGAGCCGCGGAGUAAAUGGCACCUCUUCAACGAUUUCCUAGUCACAGAGGUGGACAAGGAUGAAGCUUUGCGGUUCAACCAACCAUGGAAGUCACCAUGCGUGCUGGCGUUCCAGGUUAAGGAUGCGCGACACGGGAUGGAUGAUAAUUGGAAGAAUUUCCUGGACACGACCCUGCUUUUCCGGGACUGGUCAUUAAAUAACGGACGCCCGGUUGAAUCUCGCGUCAUGCUUUCCGAGCAGGAAAAACCCACACCUGGGACACCGGUCGCUCUUGACACCGAAUUUGUCGACCUUGAAAAAGCGGAAAUCAACGUCAAAGCCGAUGGUUCGCAAGAAAUCGUGCGGCCGAACAAGAGUGGACUUGCCAGAGUAUCGGUCCUCCGAGGGUCAGGAGAGCAAGAAGGCGUCCCGUUCGUUGAUGACUACAUCUCUGUCAAAGAGCCUAUUGUUGAUUACGUUACGCAAUAUUCGGGUAUCAAACCGGGUGAUCUAGACCCGCGGACCAGCCCGCACAACAUUGUGCCACUCAAAGUUGCAUACAAGAAGCUUUGGCUACUUCUCAACCUCGGUUGCAUAUUUGUUGGCCACGGUCUAGCAUCAGAUUUCCGCAAAGUCAACAUCCAAGUUCCCAAAGAACAAACGGUGGACACGCAGUUCCUGUUCUUCCACCCUUCAAAGGUCCGACGUCUCAGUCUGAAGUAUCUAGCGUGGGCCGUGUUCAAGGAAUACAUCCAAGAAGAACCAGUAGACAACAACCAGGGUCAUGAUUCAAUCGAGGACGCACGCAUGGCUCUUCGUCUGUGGAAAAAGUUCCAGGAGUACCAAGACGCUGGGAUCGUGGGACAAAUCCUAGAAGAGAUCUUCCGCGAGGGGUCCAAGUUGGGAUUCAGACCUCCGCCUCGCAAUGGCGUCCCUACAGUCCUCUCUCGGCCUGGAACCGCCGUGACGAUGCAGAACAAUAGCGGCCGCAAUACGCCCAGUACGCCUGAUGCCAAUGCUGCGGCGAGUGCGCCAACAACACCACGCCAGGCAUUCCGGCGGUCGAUAGCCUUGACACCGAGCAAUGGCACAUUUUCAGGGCCUGGUUCGGGUGAGUUUUUCACUGGGAGCCCACUAAAGUAG